CUUCAAGACAGAUCCUUUUAGGCAAAGGAUAUAAAGAUGCAAAAGAGGUAGCCAUCUUGUUUGAAGAGACAUUUUACAACAACAAAGAUGAGAGUUACCGUGUUCUGUGUGUGUCAGAGGUCUUCAACAGAGCUGUGGAAACAGGCUCUGGAGACAAAAUACACUGUCUUACGACAGAAGCUAUUGGUUGAUUGCUUGCGAAUUAGGAUGGGAAUGGAUGGGAACUGACCAAUUGGAGGCCAUGUCUCACAACGACAAGCAGCAAAAAGUGAUGAUCCUGGAUAAUCAAGCUGUGGAACAAAUCCAAAUAGGCAAGAUAAUGCCAUCUCUCUUAGGGGAGGGGUUACACCUGCAAGAGACUGUCACCCAAAUGAUGGGGUUGUGUAAGAAUGUCUUACGAAACAAGGUCAAGGGUCAGCAAGUCAUACGAAGUGCCAAAACCAAGGAGAAUCUUGACCAGUUGUUGCUGACAUUCUGCAUAGACUAUCAGAAGUUCUCGGGAUCUGUCACUCCUGCACUUGUGGAUUUGGUGUCUGGUCAGGUGACGAGAGCCAUGAAGUUAGUCCUGAAGGACAGUCUGGUGGUAAUAAUUUAUGUCUACUAUACAGGAACAACAAAUUACUGA